AGUAUUUUCCACGGAGUAUGGCACAGACAACUUUUCCAACUUGGGAUUUUCUCAAAAAACCUCCCUAAAACCCUUCAGAGAAUCCCUAAAUUCGCCGACAAUUCACCUCUCUUUUCCGGCCAUGACGAAGCCGUCGAAGCUCAACGUCUCCAACCCCAAGCUAUUGGUUGCGAUCGGCGUUGGCGUCGCCGGAGUCCUGAUCGUUGCUGAGCUCCGGCGGCGGCGGCGGCUGAGAGCCAAAGACUCGAUCAAAGAAGACUUUGGCGCCUUUAUCGAACGCUUCGAGCUUCUUCCUUUUCCUCAGCCGCCUCCUCCCGCCGCUCGUCUUCCCCUUUCUGGUCUCACAUUUGCCAUCAAAGACAAUAUUGAUGUAAAGGGGUACGUGACCGGGUUCGGAAGUGCAGAGUGGAAGAGGACGCAUGAAGCUUCCGGAAUGACUGCCAUGGUUGUGACGGCUCUGCUGAAGGCUGGAGCUACCUGUGUUGGAAAGACAGUUAUGGAUGAGCUCGGUAUUGGAUUAACUGGAAUGAAUGCGCACUAUGGAACUCCAACUAACCCAAAGUUGCUAUCUCACAUUCCUGGUGGCUCAUCCAGCGGUUCAGCUGUUGCUGUUGCAUCCAAACUUGUUGAUUUUUCACUUGGUACUGAUACCACUGGUUGUGUCAGAUUGCCAGCAUCGUUUUGUGGCAUUAUCGGGUUUAGGGCAUCUCAAGGGGUUGUAUCAGCUAUUGGUGUUUUGCCAGUUUCCCAAAGUUUGGACACUAUUGGUUGGUUUUCUCAGGACCCUUCAAUUUUGCAUAAAGUUGGACACACUUUACUUCAGCUCACUCCUUCUGAAACCAAGGGGAAGAGACGCUUUCUCGUAGCUGAUGAUCUUUUUCAACUGUCUAAGGUUCCCACACAGAAGACCAUCUCAGUUGUCAACAGAGCAAUAGGAAAAUUGUCUGGCUACCAGGUGCCUCUUCACAUCAAUCUUGGAAAGUAUAUUGCUUCAAAUGUUCCCAGUUUGAAAAGUUUUCAAGAAGAAUCUAUUCAUCAGAACCAGGGAAUAUCAACUUUAAGAGUUCUCUCUACUGUGAUGUCUCAACUGUUAAGAUACGAGUUCAAGACCAAUUAUGAAGAAUGGAUUAACGAAGUCAAACCCAAGCUUGCUUCUGAUGUUGCUGAUUGCAUUUCUGCGGCCAUUACCUCAAUCCCUGAAAGCAUCAAGCUUCUUUAUAAGGUCAAGACUGAAAUGCGAGCUGCUCUUCAGAGUCUCCUAAAGGAUGAUGGGAUAUUACUCAUUCCCACAGUUGCAGACCCUCCAUCAAAACUAUCAAAGAAAGGUUUAUCUACUGAAAUUCGUCAAAGAACAUAUGCUUUGUUGAGCAUUGCCAGUUUGUCAGGCUGCUGCCAGGCAGCUAUCCCAUUUGGAGAACAUGAAAAAUAUCCUAUCUCUGUGUCAUUCAUCGCAUCUCACAGAAAUGAUAAAUUUUUGCUGGAUACUAUCAUGGAUAUGUUUUCCAAAAUUCAAGAGGAAGUAAGCAUGGUUCCAAACACAUUACCGUUAUCUGAAGAUAGCAUGGUUGACUCUGAAAUUUUGAAAGAAAAGGGAAAUGCUGCAUAUAAGAAUAAACAGUGGAAUAAGGCUGUCAACUACUAUACAGAAGCAAUAAAAUUAAAUGAGAUUAAUUCAACUUACUAUAGCAACAGGGCAGCUGCGUACUUGGAAUUGGGACGUUUCCAACAAGCUGUAAGUGACUGUACUAGUGCAAUCUCUCUUGAUAAAAAGAAUGUUAAGGCGUAUUUAAGACGAGGCACAGCUAGGGAAUCACUUCUUUUCUUUAAUGAGGCUCUUCAAGAUUUUAAGCAUGCACUUGUGCUGGAACCAAAGAAUAAGUUAGCCCAUCAAACAGAGCAGAGACUGAGGAAACUUGUAAGUUGAGUCUUCCUGCGUCUCAAUAGCAUUCAAGCAUUGAACUUUACCAAGAAAAGCACACGGAGUCCAGAAGGAGAGAGUUUUGCUGACAGGAAGAAUGAUUCGUGGCGACAUUAUUAGGUACAUAAAAUGUUUCACAUUCAGCACAGAAAGAGUCAUAUUGUAAAUACAAUGUUUUUUUUGUGCCUUGCUCACCUUCCCAAUGUGGCAUCUCCUUUUGUUUCUGAACUAUGCUUAGUAUGAUUUUUGGCAUGUGUUCGAUACGAAAAUGAAAACGAGUCAAGUUC